UUUUCCAAAAAAACUUUUUUCACUACUAUAUGCACAACGACGCCGAAGAAGAAGGCGGACAAACUGAAGCAACUUGCUCGCCGUGAAACGAAGCCGGAGAAGAAGCUGAAACAACUUUCUCACGGUGAUACGACGCCGGAGAAGCAGCUGAAACAAUAACCUUGUCUCCGUGAAACGACGUGGGAGAAGUAGCUGAAACAAGUUUGUCUUGGUGAAACGACGCCGGUGAGUUAACUGAAACAAAUUUAUCGCGGUGAAACGACACCGGAGAAGCAGCUGAAACGACAACUUUAUUGCCGCGAAUCAACGCCGGAGAAGCAGCUGAAGCAAACUUCUAACAGCUGAAACGACGCCGCUUGCUCAUUUUCCGAUUCGCUUGUCAGUUUAGACCGGAGUGUUUUGUAAAUAUGGAAUUUCCGUUGAUAGCUCGAUGUACGAAUACUCCAUCGACGACGUCGUUUUUAGGAUGUAAAGUGAGUUUAUGCGAUUUUCCGAUUAGAAACAAUUAUCGAGAUAAGAGGAAUUAUAAUGAGAAAUUUUCGGUAGUGAGAAUUAAAGCUAUGGCGGAGAAGUCAAGUACCGGCGAGGCUUCAUCAGUUGAAAUUCGGGAGGGUGAAAAUGGAGGAGUAGGAUUCACGGGGUCUACUAUGGAGGUGACUACAUUCAACCAGAGCUUCAGUGAUGCGCAGUUACCCGUUUGGGAGAAAAUCGGUGCUGUUGUCAGACUCAGUUAUGGAAUCGGCAUCUAUGGAGCAAUGGCUUUAGCCGGAAAGUUCAUAUGCUCAAUAUCUGGAAUUGACUGCACAGGAGGGUUCAGUCCAUCAUUAGAUGCCAUUGUUGAAGGACUAGGAUAUGCAGUUCCACCCAUUAUGGCUCUUCUAUUUAUACUAGAUGAUGAAGUUGUGAAGCUAUCUCCUCAUGCGCGAGCAAUCAGGGAUGUUGAGGAUGAAGAGCUACGGAACUUCUUUUAUGGAAUGUCACCUUGGCAGUUCAUUCUGAUUGUCGCUGCUAGCUCUGUUGGAGAGGAACUUUUCUACCGUGCUGCUGUUCAGGGAGCUUUGGCUGACAUUUUCGUAAGGAGCACUGAUUUGGUGUCUGAUGCUCGAGGGAUGGCAUCAUUGACUGGUGUUUUGCCACCUUAUGUACCAUUUGCUCAAGCAUUUGCAGCUGUAAUGACAGCAGCUCUUACUGGUUCUUUAUAUUAUAUGGCUGCUUCUCCAAAAGAUCCUACCUAUGUUGUUGCACCAGUGCUGAAGUCGCGUUCAGGCCGUGAAGAUCUGAAAAAACUCUUUGCAGCUUGGUACGAGAGGCGGCAGAUGAAGAAGAUUUAUUCUCCUCUACUGGAAGCAAUACUAGCCCUUUACCUUGGGUUUGAAUGGAUCCAGGAAAUUGCAGGCCCCAUCGACGAGAUCACGAUAGACGGAUUGUUGGUUCAUCGACGGCCAUGCCCUCCCUCUGUGCUGCACAUCUAUAGUCUUGGUCAGAGACUAUGCAAAUGAGGACUCUUGUGAUUUGGAUAAGUGUUGGUCGACGGAUGGCAUCGACGCCCCAUCGACCAACGCAUGAUCUGUCGUCUGCCUCUCGUGGGUGCACACUGCCCAGGCAAUGUUUGACCUCACUUGCAAAGGUCCUCCUCAAGGGCCCUCGGUUGGUCAUUAGAGAGUCGUACUCGGACGUUUUGACCAUGAAUCUACUUAAAUAUAUGAUAGACACCCUUCCACCAAUUUUCAUCAUUUUUCGACUCCUAAAAGCUAGUCAAAUAGGCUAAGCACGCUAGUACCUCAUUGAACUACUUUUCGGACGUCAUGAAAGUUCUUGGACAUUUUGGUUCCUGGACUUCCUAAAUGACUUAUAUUCAUUA